UGUGCUUUUGAUCAAACCAAAUCACGCUUUUUAAAAGCUCAAUUAGCUCUUUUGGCGAUCCCAAAUGGCGUAUUUAAUAGAUACAUUCAACUUUGUUUUGCACAGGAUAUUGUUAUUCAAGAGAUGCAAACAAAAUGUAUUAAAUGGGUUCCAUUCGAAGACAUUUGUCAAACAUAUUCACAGAAUGGCGACUCAUGUCUAAAAGAGCGGGAACUCUUGUGCUGCGUGAUGCGGAAAAUGACGCCUUACUAUUGCACACACUUUGUAUAUGAACUCGAAUUAGAAGAAUUCAUUUGUAGAUAAAUACAUCUGUACAAGCGCCAGUAACCAACUCAAGUAGCAUAGGGUAUACGUUACCUCGACUACGUAAAGCCUUCUCUUUCAAAAAAUACCC